AUGAGUAUUUAUGUUGCCCAGACAUCCCUACUCAUAUUCAUAUUAUUGAGUUUUGUGAGUUCAUUGAACCAUUUUAAAAAUCAAUAAGCAAAAUAAGAGUCUUAAGAGGAUCAGAGCCCCACAAAGGAUGCGAUGGAGUUUGCAAAGAACUAUCAUAGAAGAAAAUUUAACCAAAUAGAGUCAGAUCUUUGCCAAGUCUUUAAACUAUUAUCUGCAUCGUUGGAAAAUGAUAGACUUAAGGAUGAUAGUGAGAAAGUAGAACUUAUUAACACCAAGACUAAUACUCAGAGUUCCUAAUAAGCAACCUAAAAUUUUAGCCUAAUAAACUAAGAGCAUGGUGAAUAAAAGCAUCCAGAUAUUUUAUUUGAUUCUGAGAAAAUGUAGUCAAACUGUCCAAUAUGUCUUGAGUCUCUUACAGAUAUAUUUGAAUAGAGAGCUAACAGUCCUCCUAAUCUUUAAGGUUAAAGCACUCUCAGCAAUAACCAAUAGAAAAUAGAUCAUCAUAAACUAAACAAAAUGAUCUCAGAGAAAUUAAGAGGAGGUGCUGAUGACUACACUUUGACUAUCCUUUGUUGUCACAAUUUUCAUCAGAUGUGUCUUCGAAACUGGAAUGAUACUACUUGCCCAUUAUGCAGAUAUAUUUAGAGUCCUGUUGAAAGCUCAUAAUGUGAUUAAUGUAGUGCAACUGAAAAUCUAUGGGUAUGUCUGAUUUGUGGUUUCAUAGGGUGCUUUAAAUUAGCUGCAUUUACUAAUUCCAGUAGGGCUGAAGGAGAUAGAUUGUUGUACGAUUCAGACUAGUAUAAUUCUGAAGAUUAUCUAGUUCUCCAAUCAUUUGGUCAUAGUCAUGAGCACUAUGAAGAUUCUAAGCAUACUUAUGCGAUGGAAAUAGAAACACACAAUGUCUGGGACUUUUAUGGAAAGCUAGUAGAGUUUGGUGAUCCAACUCUGACAGAAUCGCUACUUUAGACUCAGCGUUCGAAUGAGUUUGAAAAUUCUUCCUCUGAUGGAACCAUAUCAAAUAAUCGAUAGAAUUAGCAGAGACACUUCAAUAGCGAGAAAGAUUUCACAGUAGAUAGUGUCCAUCGAUAUAAUAAAAAGAUAGAGAGUCUCAAUUAUGAGUAUAAUCAUAUGCUAGCCUAAACACUUGAGAAUCAGAGAACCUAUUUUGAACAAAGAUUAGGUGAGCUAAAUAGAGAAGAAGACUACUAAAUCGAAUCUAAGAAGCAUGAGAUUACAGACAUUGAGAAUAAACUCAUCAAGAUUGAUGCAUCAAUUGAAAAUCUUAACACAUCUCUGGAUCAGGAAAAACUGCAUUUUGAUAGCAUAAAGGAAACAUAUGCUAUAGAUCUGAAAGACCUACUUACCAUUGAAAUCGAAAAUAAAAGGCUGAGAGAGGAAAGUGAAUUAUAAAGCAAUUAGAUUGAUAUUGAGAUAAAAAAAUUGUAAGAGGAAUUGAAAUAACUUGAUUAAGAAGUUAAUGAGGCUAGGCAAGAUAAAUAGGAUUUGAUAAAUCAUAUGAAGAUGACAGAAAAGGUAAAAAAAAGUAAGAACCAACAUGAAAUAAUGCAAGGACAAACUUUGAUAUUUGAAACUGGAUAAAAUAGUUCAGCUGGAAAGGGAGGAAGGAAAAACAAAAGGAAUAAGUGA